UGAAAAUUGAAUAAUAUGAAUAAUAGAGAGAUCGUCGGCGGCUGCUUUUCGGCGCUGGGCUGCAGACCCACUGGUCAAUUACGUACAUUACGGAUACCAAUACCGAUACCAGCUGCAGUACCGACGCUGCUUUAUCCCAAACUUACCGAUUGCCUUUUCCGAUUGCCUCAUCUUCCCUCCUCCUCGUUUCGCUCCUCUUCUUCUCUCCCACCCCUGGCAGUAUUGAUGUGCCUGACAAUUUCCCGUCGAUCAUCAUCCCCUCCCCUCCGCCUGAUCUGGGUUCAAUGACCACGAUAUCUGUUGGCAACGCUCAACUCGCUCCCUUCCCUGCCGACCUGCCCGCCGAGUCGACCACAUCUACUCCUCCACAAACGCAUACAACCACUCCCACUACAUCGCCCACGCCGCUCUCGUCGCGAGCCAGUCGCCGCUCGCUUGCGCUGCUUGCCAUUGAAAAGACCUCCAGCGCCAUUGCCAGCCUCGCCUCGCGGAACAACAACACUCCCACUCCGUCGCUGUCCGGCGCUUUGUCCAAGGGCAAAUACACCCAGCUCGCCAACGACCACGUCCGCCUGAGCAGCGACAACCCCGUCCAGAUAAAUCCUCGCGCUCCCCCGGCCCUCCUCAAGCGCCGGAAUACUGUGCGACUAGUGCCUACCUCGAUCGCCCUCGACUCCGAAAAUCCCGCUAUUGCGUACGCGAACAAAAUGCAUCAGACAUCAUCCCGCCUGCUCCGCAUGACGGAGGAUGAGCGUCCAUUUACGAAGGACUUUAAUGAUUUGUUCUCCACAUUGAUGGUGAGCUUGAAGCUCGACACCCAUCGUGUGCGGUUCAGCAAGUUUGAGCAUACCUUCACAUCCGACGAGGCUAUCAACAAUCUCGGCUCUCUCAAAUUCUCCCAGUCCAACCGCAUGCCAGACCCCAAAGACCCCUCUCGCAUCGUCACUACGACCACGACCACCACAUUCUCCAUGGCCAAGGAGAUGGCCCGCUCCGUCUGUCAGCGCUUUGUUGAUGCUCGCUUCAUCGAGGCUCUCGACGGCGGCCGUGGCGCCUCUUACUUCCCCAUGAAGGGCGGCCUGUAUCAGUUGACCCCCAAGGGAAUCAACAUUCUCCAGCGCUUCUGCCAGCGCAACGGCAUUACGGCGCGCCAUGUGAUGGAGGUCCUCGAGUCGCCGCGGAACACCAUGCAGUUGGUGAACCUGGAACGGGACCCGGAAACGGACAAGCUGUCAGCCGACCGCGCCACCAUUGAGGUGAUUUUCCGUCGCUUUGCAGGACAAGACGGGCCGAAUGUCAAGUCGAGCGUCUCCAGCUCGGACUCGGACUCGUUAAGCGAUUACUCAAAUGGUCUGGUGGGUGUGAAGAUGGCCAAGGAGCGAAGAAUUGGCGAUAAAACUUAUUCCAACACCUUCACGGGGAAAGCCACUGUCGACUGGUUGAUGGACUGCUCGACAACCAAUGACCGCCGGGAGACGUGUUUGAUUGCGGCUUUGUUUAUUAAGCAUGGAUUGAUUACCUCUGUGCAGGAAGACCGGGUCCUCGCCCAGCAAGACCCUACUGCAGUCGAUUUCCAGCCCACAAAGUAUGCCAUCUACACCAUCACCGAGCACGGUCAACGGACAUGCGGAUGGAUUGCUCGUGACCGGAGUGCCGUGUCACAGUACGACAGCCGAGGUGCCCGAGACUCAAACAAUGCUCGUCUCAACCAUAUUCUGCAUGAUGCUGCUCUGCGACUAUUGUUCCGCGAGUUUUUGCGGUAUUCGUUGUGCGAAGAGAACCUGUCUUUCUAUAUGGAUGUGUCUGAAUUCACCACCAACUAUCACCGACUAGAAAAGGACGGCGCGUUCAACAAGAUCGACACUGUACGAGAAACGCUGGCUGCUGCUUAUGGCCUGUACAAUGCGUUUUUGGCUCCUGGAUCGCCUUGCGAGCUCAACAUUGAGCAUGGACUGCGCAACAGUCUCGCCAGUCGCAUGACCAAGGCUGUUGGCAACGACGAGUCGAUGCUGAAGAGUUUACAAGAGGUGGUUAAUUUGUUUGAAUUGGCUCAAACUUCUGUCUUCAAAUUGAUGUCUAGCGACUCGGUUCCUAAAUUUGUCCGUGAUCCGAAAUACUCGGUAGUCUUGCAAGAGCACGAUUUCGACCUGGGGCAGAACGGCCGGUCGUAUUCUCCCACACCGGCGCCGCUGCCCGAGCGGUCAGCGAGUCGUUCUGUGCGAACAUAAUCGAUAUUACGCCAGCAAGACUUACGAUUUUCCUUGUCUUACACCUUGUCUUACUCAUGAUAGAACAUUUACUCAUGAUAGACAUGGAGGACCCUUUUACUCAUCCUUCAUCUUUCAUCUUUCACUUUCUUCCUUCCUGUAAAACAGGAAAAGCAUAAGGGAGCAAUCUCUGAAGCAUUGAGCAGGCGUUGUUGUGAUUUUGGGUCCAAAGAUCUAUAUAUCUAUAUUCUUGUUUAAUCGCAUUUUCCUUUGAAGCAUGCAGAUACCUAUUGCCGUUUCCUGAGCAUACAGCGUGUCAUGGGAGGCUGGAUCAUUCUUUAUUAUUUCUAUUGUUACAUUCAUGUAUAUAUUAGUGGCUGGAGGCUUCGUUAGAUUUAAUGCAUAGAUUGAUCAGU